GUCUAUUCCUAGACCCUAUGAUGAUGACGAAUGCCGCUUGACAAUUGAAAGUGUCUCGGCGGCAACGGUGCAGAGUACCAUUAGUUGUGACAUCCGUUAGUCAGUGCGGAUGAUCACCAUAUCGUGUGUAUUGACGUGAAUGGUUUCAAGAGCGCGUUGUCGAUGAUCGCAAUUGGUUCUGCGCUCUCAAUGCUAGGCUACGACUCCCAGCUCGUUCGCGACUUGUGGGAAUUGCUACGCGAGCCAAAAAUGCAAAUCUCAAUACAAACGCUCACGGCCUUCAUGGCGAACCUCUUCCUAUGUGCAGCUCUCUGCUGGGUAGUCCGAGUUGAAGGCGCCAAACUGGCUCCGGACUCGAUCAUGAGGUCGACGAUCCGGAGGUACACCUUAUACACGGUCUUCCGAACCCUGUUUGCUGCCCUGGUCGAACUGUUCGCAUUCAUUAUGUACAUCGGUUGGUUAGACGACGACUCGUACUAUUGGACCAUAUUCCAUAUCCCAUCCAGCAAAGUAUACGUCAACUCUAUCCUUGCUAUGCUGAAUGCUCGUCACUCGUUGGCUGAGUACGGCCAGGAUGGCUCGACAUACUUCGAGGACAGCAUCAUCUUCGCCACCAUGCUAGACGUAGAGCAAGCCACGGACGAAUCUGCUUGCAGCACCGCCGUGACUCCGAACAACGCGGACUCGUGCGUCGCCGGCUACAAUACUCGGCUGGAGAAGAUGGGUCAUGAUAACACGGUACCACACUCAGACGAGUCUUGAGUUCUGGCGGCUAUCCAACGCUGUUAGCCAGACAGUCGCAUUCCGCCGCGAGGAGUCAACGGCACUGGGGGGCUCAUUACCAGAGACCUCAACUUCGCCGUGCACUUGAGGUCUAUUAAUAGCUAUGUAAGGCUGUACUAUAUUCAAC